AUGCAGGGUGGAAAGAAUGAGGCUUCCGAGUUCUUCGAGGUACCGCCGUGAGUAGGAGUAGUAUAGGCGGCAGCCAUCCGAAACCGCGACGGGUCUAAGCUUCAGCAGCAACAAAUCAGUGCUGCGCCCCCUCCAUACCGGUUUCGUCCUCGGCUCGGGAGAGGCCCGAAGUUGGCACCGGGCAGCCGAGCAACGUGCGCUGCGCCAGCUGGUCACUCAGGUGCGCAUAGUCGAAUGGUACGGAUCGGUCCGGUGUCCAAGAGUCAGUGCUUCCAACCGUGGGCAGUCUUCGGAGAUGUCUUACGAGUGAUUCUGUCUGUCUGUAACGGGCGCGGGUGCGCGCACCAUACCGUAUCGCCGCUGUGUGUAGGUGUAGAGUACGGCAGAAAAAGCAGACCACUCGCGCUGCUGCAUCGGUGCAUAUCGAAGCAAGUGCAAGUGUGCUCCACGAAUUGGAGCGCGGAGUGAGCCGAAUCGAACGCGUGCAAAACAAUGAACCCUUCGUAGUGCGCGUCGUGUCGGUGAAAGCGAUCUCUACGUGCCGCUGCUGCUGCUGCUGGAGGAGUUGAGCAGCGACCAUUUUUAUCCACCCAAUCAACACCCAAGAUGGCGCAGCAGAAAUUUUUCAGCGGCCUAACGGAGGGUAUGAUCAACAAGGCGUCGUCGGAGCGGCCCGACCGGCAAAAGACCCACUUCUUCUGGCCCGAUGAGUACGCACCGGACGAUGCGCCCACCGUCAGUCAGCUGCAGCAGUCACCUGCGAUCAACCGUGUGCGCCACCACCAACCGGGCCAAACGUCUCAGCCAAACGGCCAACCGGCGUACCGGGCCGGGCCGCCACCACUAACCGCCACCAGUGACCGGGUGCCGAAUGCGGUGCGCCGUUCCAACAUUCAGUUCUACGACGGGGUCGAUUCGACGUUCGGCGAGCUGGAGCGGGUGCGGGCGAACGAAAAGCGGCGCAUCGAACAGUUCCUGCGCCAACAGUCGGAGGAGGACACGGGCGAGGGGGCGCGGGCGAAGCGGCUCAGCACGAUGCAGUCGGCGAUCGAGUUCUACGACUACGUCGACACCGGCGGCGGCGCCGUCGCCGCCCGCCAACAGCCCGACCUUCACGGGGCCGUCAACGGGUGGCUGGCAACGGCCAGCGUGGGCGACGACACCGAGGAGCGAGACGGAGCGAGCUGCCGCUCGAGCGAACGGAGCUCAACCACCUACAGCGGCCGAUCGUCCCCGAGCGGUUCGGGGCGGGCCGGCGGGGGGCUACCCGAACACAAGCGCCACUCGCAGCGACACUUGCGCUCCAGCAUCAACUUCCAUGGCGGGGAUAGGGCCGGCGGCGCCGAAGAUGGCGGUGCCACCCGAAAGCCGCUCACCGUCCGCGAGUCGGCAACGUCCCGCGUGGGCGUCGGUUUGCCUGAUCUGUAGCAAGGCUAAC